UAUUAGUGAAGAGCCACACAAUUAGCUUGUCCCUUUCCGUAUUGUGCUGAGAGGAUCUAAGGGAUUGGUGGGGAACAGGCAAGCCAGGCAUCACUGUGGAUGUUGAAGAAGAGAGUUACUCAGACCUCAGCAUCUUCACUUGCUCGCUCUGGAAUUACAGCUAUUUAUUACAAAGCACUCUGUGUGGCUGGGUGGAGUGCGCCUGAGGAAAUACAUCCCAAACACCACCUGGGGUUCGUCUUCCUGAGUCCUUCACAUCUCUGACUAAUUCUCAUCAUUAUCAUGGAGCCAAACAGUCCCAAAAAGAUACAAUUUGCUGUGCCUUUAUUCCAGAGUCAGAUUGCACCCGAAGCAGCUGAGCAGAUCAGGAAAAGAAGACCUACACCAGCAUCACUUGUGAUUCUCAAUGAACAUAACCCUCCAGAAAUAGAUGACAAGAGGGUGACCAACACACAAGCAGAAGCACAGAAUGCAACCCCUAAGCAAAGGAAGCAGAGUGUGUACACACCACCCACCAUGAAAGGGGUUAAGCAUAUGAAAGGCCAGAAUGAAUCAGCAUUCCCUGAAGAAGAAGAAGGCGUGAACGAGAGAGUGCAGCAGUGGGACCAUUAAUUACGGGUCUGCAACAGGAAGGCUUCUUGGGAAUAACUGAACUAUUAACCUUUCUGAAUAUCCCAUGGAAUGCCACUGCUUGACUUCCACCUCUGCUCUCCAUACUCAUACAAUAGUAAUACACCUCCUGGGAAGUGCCCCUUGAUGGAACUUUAGAACCACCUACAGAUUGUUUCAUAUUACGAUACUUACAAUUAAAGAAUAAGUAUUUAUUUUACAGUGAUUUUUCUUUUUAACAACAUAGAAAAUCUGCAAAGAUGUGAGUGUUCUAACUUUAAUACUGCCCAGCUUAAUCCUGAUGUCCUACUGAUACAAUUUGCCUUCUAAGGUCAAAUGUAAAUAGCAUCACUUUAAAGGAAAAAAAUAAAUAUUAAAUAUCUUUAGUCAUGAGUUCGUGUCUGGGUUUAACUUACAGAGGAAUUUAAUUAAACUUUUA